AUGUCGGGUAGCAGUGACUAUCUCUUAACAGGAUGGAGUGAUGCCUUCAGACUGACAGUUUCAUCUGCAAGUAAACCCAGAGCCACACUGACAGCACACAGUUCAGUCAUACCAGCAGGGGGCAGUGUGACACUGAGCUGCUCUGUGGAGGGCUCUGCUGGCUGGAAGUUUGACUGGUUCAGACGUGAUUCAGUCUCUUCUAAAGCUCAGCUCAUGAGAGGAAAUGAAGCAAACAGAGUUAUUAGUGUCUCACAAGGAGGUCUGUACCACUGCAGAGGAGGGAGAGGAGAUCCAGUUUACUACACAGAGGACAGCAGUGACGUCACAGUUGUGGAGACUUUUCCCAGUAAGCCCACUGUGACCCUGCAGCCAUCCUGGACUCAGAUAUACAGCGGUGAGACAGUCACUGUCAGAUGUGAGAUUCAGGGAGGUGAAGGAGCUCAGUGGACGUAUGAAUGGAGAGCAGCCAAGUUAAACACACCUCCAACAUCCAAUGAAUACAGAAUCAUCAGAGCUACUGAGUCUGACAGUGGAGGAUACAGCUGCCGGGGCAGAAGGGACUAUUUCUUCUCAGAGUGGAGUGAUAUCAUCACACUGACUGUAUCAUCAAGUAAACCCAGAGUCACACUGACAGCACACAGUUCAAUCAUACCAGCAGGGGGCAGUGUGACACUGAGCUGCUCUGUGGAGGGCUCUGCUGGCUGGAAGUUUGACUGGUUCAGACGUGAUUCACAGUUUUCUGGAGGUCAGAAAAUAGGAGCUGGAACAUCAGAGCACACUAUCAGUAUUUCAGAAGGAGGCAUCUAUUACUGCAGAGGAGGGAGAGGAGAUCCAGUUUUCUCCACAGAGGACAGUGCUCCAGUUACAAUUCAGAAACAAGGUGAAGUUUUGGCUGCUGUGAAACUGCAGCACAGCUGGUCUCAGAUAUUCACUGGUGAGACAAUCACUCUCAGAUGUGAGAUUCAGGGAGGUGAAGGAAAGGUGUGGAAAUAUGAAUGGACAGCACCCAACACAAACAGCCCUCCAACAUCCAGUGAAUACAGGAUCAGCAGAGUUUCAGUGUCCCACAGUGGAGACUACAGAUGUCGGGGUAGCAGUGACUAUCUCUUAACAGGAUGGAGUGAUGCCUUCAGACUGACAGUUUCAUCAGCAAGUAAACCCAGAGCCACACUGACAGCACAAAGUUCAGUCAUACCAGCAGGGGGCAGUGUGACACUGAGCUGCUCUGUGGAGGGCUCUGCUGGCUGGAAGUUUGACUGGUUCAGACGUGAUUCAGUCUCUUCUAAAGCUCAGCUCAUGAGAGGAAAUGAAGCAAACAGAGUUAUUAGUGUCUCACAAGGAGGUCUGUACCACUGCAGAGGAGGGAGAGGAGAUCCAGUUUACUACACAGAGGACAGCAGUGACGUCACAGUUACAGAAACUCUUCCCAGUAAGCCCACUGUGACCCUGCAGCCAUCCUGGACUCAGAUAUACAGCGGUGAGACAGUCACUGUCAGAUGUGAGAUUCAGGGAGGUGAAGGAGCUCAGUGGACGUAUGAAUGGAGACCAGCCAAGUUACACACACCUCCAACAUCCAGAGAAUACACAAUCAACAGCGCUACUGAGUCUGAUGGUGGAGGAUACAGCUGCUGGGGCAGAAGAAGCUCUUCCAGGACAGAGUGGAGUGAACUCAUCACAAUGACUAUAUUAUUUCCCAUUAAGCCCACUGUGACCCUGCAGCCAUCCUGGACUCAGAUAUACAGCGGUGAGACAGUCACUGUCAGAUGUGAGAUUCAGAGACGUGAAGGAGCUCAGUGGACGUAUGAAUGGAGACCAACCAAAUUAAACACACCUCCAACAUCCAGUGAAUACAAAAUCAUCAGAGCUACUGAGUCUGAUGGUGGAGGAUACAGCUGCCGGGGUAAAAGAAGCUCUUCCUGGACAGAGUGGAGUGAUAUGAUCACAUUCAGAGUAUUAUCUCCUCCUAAGCCCACUGUGACCCUGCAGCCAUCCUGGACUCAGAUAUACAGAGGUGAGACAGUCACUGUGAGAUGUGAGAUUCAUGGAGGUGAAGGAGUUCAGUGGACGUAUGAAUGGAGACGGAAUGAAUGGAGACAAGGCUGGGUAAAAUUACAUGAAACAUCCAGUGAAUACACAAUCAGCAGAGCUACUUGGUCUGACAGAGGAGGAUACAGCUGCCGGGGUAGACGAGGUUCUUCCUGGACAGACUGGAGUGACAUCAUCACAAUGACUAUAUUAUCUCCUCCUAAGCCCACUGUGACCCUGCAGCCAUCCUGGACUCAGAUAAACAUCGGUGAGACAGUCACUGUCAGAUGUGUGAUUCAAGGAGGUGAAAGAGCUCGGUGGACGUAUGAAUGGAGAGGAGGCCAGAAAAACAUACAUGAAACAUCCAGUGAAUACAGAAUCAGCAGACUUACUGAGUCUGAUGGUGGAGAAUACAGCUGUCGGGCCACAAGAAGCUCUUCCUGGACAGAGUGGAGUGUUAGCACCACAUUGAGAGUAACAGUUCACAUUAAGCCCACUGUGACCCUGCAGCCACCUUGGCCUCAGAUAUACAGCGGUGAGACAGUCACUGUCAGAUGUGAGAUUCAGGGAGGUGAAGGAGCUCAGUGGACGUAUGAAUGGAGACCAGUAAAGUUAAACACACCUCCAACAUCCAAUGAAUACAGAAUCAUCACAGUUACUAAGUCUGACAGUGGAGGAUACAGCUGCCGGGGUAAAAGAAGCUUCUCCUGGACGAAGUGGAGUGACACAUUAACUGUAUUAUCGAAACCAAAGGCUGAACUGAGAGCUGAUAGGACAGCUGUUCCAGUAGGAGGCAGUGUGACCCUGACCUGCUCUGUGAACCCAUCAUCAUCAUCAUCAUCAUCUUCUGGAUGGAAAUACUACUGGUACAGAUAUGACAGGUAUUAUAAACUUUUGACCUUACGUGAUGCAGUUUUUCUAUCAAAUGGACAAAUCAGUGUCUCAGAGGGAGGAUACUACAGGUGCAGAGGAGGAAGAGGAGAACAUGUUUACUACACAGAGGACAGUGAGUCAGUCAGGAUUGACACAACUGUGUCAAACAGGCCUGUUGUGACUCUGUAUCCAAACUGGUCUGAGAUAUACAGAGGAGAGACGAUCACUGUCAGAUGUGAGAUCCAUGGAGGAGACACUGAGUGGGAUUAUGAGUGGGAAACAAACAGCAUCAGAAAACCUCCAAAUCAAAAUGAAUACAGGAUUAGAUCUGCUUCAUCAUCCAACAGUGGAAACUAUCGCUGUAAGGGCAGAAUGAAAAGUUCACAGCAUAACACAACAGAGUGGAGUGAUUCAGUCACACUGACAGUUUCUGACAAUAAACCCCGUCCUGUCCUCACUGUGUCUCCAUCAUGGCUGAGUCCUGGAGCCUCAGUAACUCUGAACUGUGAGGUUGAACAUCAGUCUGCAGGAUGGAGCUUCUACUGGUAUAAAGCUGUUCCUGAUCUUAAAACAUACAACUAUAAAUCCUCCAGUUAUGAGCUGCUACCUGAUGGCAAUGGGACUGCACAGGACUCCUACAUCAUUCAUGGACAGACACACACAGCAGGAUAUGUGUGCAGAGCUGGAAGAGGAGACCCAGAGUAUCACACUGAUCACAGUCAACCAAAGUUUGUCUGGUCUGCAGAUGUUCAUUCAGCAGCGUCUCUCACAGUGAGUCCUGACAGAGUGCAACACUUCACCUCUGACUCUGUCUCACUGACCUGUGAGGGAAACUUCACUGAGUGGAGAGUGAGGAAGUUCUCUGAGGACGGCCGACUGUACUCUGACUGUAGGAGAAUGACUGGAUCCACAUGUAACAUCAACACAUCAAAGUCAGAUACUGGAGUGUACUGGUGUGAGUCUGGAUCAGGAGAGUUCAUCAGUGCAGUCAACAUCACUGUACAGAAUGAUGGUAAUGGUCCUAUCCUGGUGAGUCCUGUUCAUCCUGUGACUGAGGGAGCUUCUGUUAGUCUGAGCUGCAGUUUGAAAACACAAAAAAUACUUUCCAAUGUGUUUUUCUAUCACAAUGACAAACUUAUUCAAAAUGAUACCCGAGGGGAGCUGAAGAUCUCUGCAGUGUCAAAGUCUGAUGAAGGUUUCUACAAGUGUCAGUCCUCAGGAAGAGAGUCAGCACAGAGCUGGAUGUCAGUUAAAGUAACUGGACACAGUUCAUCUCCUGUGUGGUUGAUGGUUGGACUGGUUUGUGGAGUCUCUCUCAUUAUUAUUCUCCUGCUCUUGUUGUAUCGCUGCAGACAGUCCAAGUAUUCCUGCUUCACCAGGUCGAUCCAGUCUGAGAGUCACAGUCCGGGCUCCUCCACAAAUCAUGGAGUCAACCAGGAUGAAACUCAUGAAUACAACUCUCUUCAUCCUGGUACCAAUCACAUCUAUGACUCAGUUACGCUGGUUGAAGACAACAGAAAUGGAUCAGAUGAACAUCAAGAUGUCACAUACGCUCUUACUGAAUUUAAAAACUUUGGAAAGAAGCGGAAGCAUCAUAAACCAGAGCAGAGUGCUGUUUACUCUGAGGUGAAGACGGGAGCUGCAGAGGACAGUCUGAUGUAUGCUGAGGUCAAACGCCCCAAAAAAGAAAAAGCCAAGAAAAAAGCAGGAAAAUCAAGUCCUGCAGCAGAUGCAGCAGUUUAUUCUGAAGUCACAUUAGGAAGCUUUCCUGGUCAGUGAGGAGAGCUGCAGCAGCAAAGCCAAGAAGAAGCAUUUUAUGAAUCCACUGUUGCUCCUCUGCUGCCCAAAUAUCAGACACACUCAGUUUUUAGUGUUUAUGAAGAUGAUAUUGAAUAAUAAUAUGAUAUAGAGUUGGUACUGUGUCUUAGCAUAAAGCACACAGAGAUGUGUCCUGUUUCAGAUCCUUGCUCUUUAUAUUCAGCUGAUAUUUUUAUUCAUUUUUAAGCUUUAAUAUAAAAUUUUGAAUGUAUCCUCUGCCAACAGCAAGUGCAAUAGCAAUAAUAACUAUGAGGUGUAGCUCUGGGGCCGUUCUUCGUACCUCGCUUACUACAUCCAAGAUCAAAUGACACAUCCAAGAUCAAAUCAUCGCGCUAACUUUGAGCUCGCUAAUCCGGUUCU